CAGCUGAUAUGAUGUCAUGUCCACAAUCGAGACAGUGGGCUGUUUGUCACUGCGACCUCAAUGCGGAUGCGUGGGGAAUCCUCUUUUAUAAGCAAAUAGUAAUAUGAUAUUGGAAUUUGUCCUAUGAAAGUGAAUCUUUCUUUGCUUGAGUGAAAAUGGCGAACCUAGCUGUGUACCUAUGCCUUGCACACGCUCUUAUUUUCUUCGCUGUUGAAUGCACAGAUCGUGUUUACUACAUCGCAGCAGUUAACGUGGAUUGGGACUACGCGCCAACAGGAAAAAACCUCAAAAAUGGACUGUUGUUGGACAAAGAUGAGGAUGCUUCGGUUUUCACCAAGAAUGGAACAAACAGAAUUGGCCGAGUUUACAGAAAAACAGUUUAUCGUGAGUUUACCGAUGACAAAUAUGUUACCCAAAAGCCCCACAGAAAAGACCUUGGAAUUCUUGGUCCCAUUGUAAGGGGAGAAGUCGGUGAUGCAAUUAUUAUUCACUUCAAGGUAGAUGAAAAAUUUUUGUUAUCAAAUCCACUGAGCAAUUCUACGCAAAUGAAGUAGUUUGAAACGCUCUUUGGAUUUAAGAAGGGCUUGAUUCUAAUAAGCUCUUGGUUAUCUCUUCUGAGAUAAACCCUAUAACUCCUCUUUGUCGAACCAUUAAAAAUGGCAUACAUUUCCUCAUCAUUAAGAACAACGACGUAAGCUUGAGUUUUGCGAUUAGCGAUUUCAGACUUAAAGCUUGGGGGUAGCGGAGGCUAAGCGUUUAGAGGGGCUGUUUAUUGGUCUUGCCCGAAUAUUAUUGCUUCAUUGAGAUAAAAUUAGCCGAAUGGGCCUAAUGCAUUAAAUAAGCUUUGGUUCAAUGCAUUAAUUGUAAUCUGCAGGUCUAUAGAUAUAGAAAUUUGGACAGCUAGCAGCUCCAUAAGCUUGGAUCGUGAAAUCGCAUUUUCAAACAGAAGUUGAAAGACAGGGACCCAUGCUAUCUUUUUACGCCAUACAGUCAACUCAAGCUUACAGUUUAAUGUCUUCGCCCAAAUGUUUCCGCAAUUGAUUUACAAAAAGUGAAUCUGGUUUCUGUAUUCACCUUUUACAGAUAUUGAAAUCGUUAGCACAGUAAGACUUAGUCCCAGUGAUGUUUACAGGGGAUUGGGUCCUAAUCAAUCGGCACCAAAACCGAUACGGAGUGGCCAUUUUGGAGUAGCUUUCCGUACCCGUUUUGAAACACGUUUUGGAACAAGUUAAGGAACAAAGCUGGAUCGAAAUCUACAGCUCCGUGAAAACUUUUAGUAGACCUUGUUUGAAAGUUGCUUUUGGUAUUUUGAAGUUUGCUCUACAAAAUAGGCCUGGGAAUUGGGUACAUUUUGAUUUUCGAUAGGCGUUGGCUGGAAAUGACGUCAAAAAAUUGGCACCUGAAAAACUUUUUUAUGGUCAUAAUUUGAGAAAGAUGUGUCUAAUUCAUCGAAGUAAUAAACCAUUUGACUCAUCGUGAGAAAAGCUUCCGAUUGAUGUACAUUAAAUCACAAUUUGAAGAUAUCAGCAAAUUAUGUUAUGACGUCACUGUUUGAACUCAAAAACAAUAUAUUGACCAUACUGCUCUGAUAUAACUGAGAUCCAAGACUUGUUAUGUGCUCAAGUCACUGCCUUAAUAGAAAUAACUAAAAAACAUUAUCACAAAUGUUUUUAACUGUAUCAGAUUAAUCCGUGAUGUGAAG